UCAUCUUUCAACGAUCGCUGUGAAGCGGUGACCGCACAUACAACUUCACGCUUCACACGGGCUUCUUUGUGGCUCAGAGAGUGGAGUAUCCGUGUCCUCGAGUCGGACAUUCUGUCAGCUGCCUGUCGCGCACCUGCAACAUGGUGGACCCGGAUGUAAAAGUGAUUGCAGCAGUCCCAUGGGGUAGCAACGAAACAUAGCGUACCGUAUCCACGGUUGGUUUUCGGUGUUUCUUGAACAACCCUCCUUCCGCCACUUUUGCUAUUCAUACCUGCAUCCUUUGGCGUUCUGUAUUCUUUUCACAGCAUUAUGGGCAUAUUGAAAGGCUUGCGAAAGCAGCCAGAACCAGCGCCCGCAGGAGGCAGCGGCGAUACAACAACACCUUCAUCGCAAAACGUGAAGAGCUCAAAUCCCACCAGGAAAUGGAGUUUGGGAAUAUUGGGCGAUCCUUUUACAGACGAAGUGCCUGGAUCCGUCAUCCUCCUAUCCAAGGCGCACAACCGCAACGAACCGCUCGGUCUACAGCACGCGCGCGCACGAACAUCGGCCUCUUCUCUUCCAUCAGCGUACGGUCCUCCGCGGAGCGCUUCGCGCGGCUCCCGCCGUUCGUCACGGUCGAGACCACCUGAGAAGAAGCGCACAAAAGAUGGGAAGUUCAUUCUGGACCCCCAGCCGGAGGAGUCGGCGAACGACCCUCUCAACUGGAAGCAACUACGUCGCGAUGCUGCGUUGAUCUCUCUUGGCUUCUACUGCAUGCUUGGUGGAGGCAUGACGCCUGUCCUGGCGGCGGGAUUCAAGGACGUCGCUGAGACGUAUGGCGUUGGCCUCUCGCAGGUGGCAUUGACGACAGGCCUCUAUAUGCUUGGUCUGGGUCUCGGGAGUGUUGUUGCAUCGCCCACCGCCAUUCUAUGGGGAAAGAGACCAGUCUACCUGGUUGCCAUUGUCUUGUUCACGCUCUCUUCGGUAUGGUGUGCGCUCUCGCCGAACUACCCGUCUCUGGUUGUCGCACGCAUUGUUCAGGGAUUCGCUGUUUCUCCAGUUGAGUGUUUGCCGAGUGCUACGAUUGCUGAAAUCUUCUUUCUCCACGAACGGGCCUACCGUCUAGGCGUGUAUACGCUGCUGUUACUGGGUGGAAAGAAUCUGAUCCCCCUAGUCAGUGCAGCAGUCGUACAAAGCUUGGGGUGGCGAUGGGUCUUCUGGAUCAUUGCCAUUGUGGUUGGAUUCUCUUUCUUCCUCAUCUUUUUCUUCGUUCCUGAAACGUUCUGGGAUCGUGCACCUAGAGCGAGAGGUCGUGCCCAUACACGCAGUCGCAGUCACAGCCCCAGGGGACACAAACACUUUCAUUUGCCCACAAGACACCACAAAAAGUCUAUGGACGCACUCCCGGGGCCAGAAAAUGCCUCUAUAGUGGCAACUCCGAUACAGACGCCCCUCGACUACCCGAAAAAGGUUCAUAAAACAGCUCACGUCGGUUUCGCAGACGAAGUGGAGCGCGAGACGCCUGGUACGCACACGGAUGCACCACAAACGCCGCGCUCUCCGAUUAGCAUACACUCGACGCCUCCAGGAACGCCACGACACGACUACUUUGCGCAUGUGCCAGCAAGCUCACAAUCGGAUCCGGAGAAACAGGACCAGACGUCCGGCAGUCAUAGCCUAUCAUCCGCUGCACCCGAAGGACCACUCGAUGCAGACCAGGUCUCUGAGCAGCUGUCUAUUCACUAUACUGACUACUACCGCACGGCACCUGCAAAGACCUACCGCCAGUCUCUGAAGCCGUGGAAUGGACGUCUGGCUAAAGAUAAGUGGAUCAAGGUCGCGGUUAGGCCGUUUAUUCUCUUCGCGUAUCCAGCCGUUCUCUGGUCCUCCUUAGUCUACGCUCUCGCUGUAGGUUGGCUCAUUGUUUUGUCCGAGUCUGUUGCGCACAUUUACCAAAACCACGACUCGUACAAUUUUACCGCUCUCCAGGUCGGACUCGUGUAUGUUUCACCAUUUAUUGGUGGUGUUUUGGGAACGGCGGUCGCUGGCAAGGUCUCGGAUCUUAUCGUGAGAUUCAUGGCACGCCGAAACGAUGGCGUAUACGAACCCGAGUUUCGUCUGGUCAUGGCUAUACCAAUCACAAUCGCUACAGUUAUUGGACUCAUGGGCUUCGGCUGGAGCGCUGAAGAGAAGGAUCACUACAUGGUACCGACUGUGUUCUUCGGUGUGAUCAGCUUUGGCUGCUGUCUUGCUUCCACGACCGCGAUCACCUUCGUUGUCGACUCAUAUCGUGUGUACGCGGGCGAAGCACUGGUGACGCUGAACUUCAGCAAGAACGUCCUCCACGGUUUCAUAUUUUCCUUGUUCUUCCCACACUGGCUUGAGGCUAAGGGUCCUAAGAGCACUUUCCUAGCGAUCGGCGGGAUCCAGUUGGCCUGUAUGCUCUUUUCAAUCCCAAUGUACAUCUACGGCAAGCGAGCGCGCAUGUGGACGGUCAGGAGGAACUUGAUGGAGAAGUUCUAAGUCUGGAUCUCACGAUGUUCGGUGAUGAGUUACAACACCGACAGACCGACGAUGUUACGAAUUUGGCUUGGCAUGACUCAUGGCGUUCUUUUGGGGGCUCACACGGCGUUGAAGUGGAUCGUUUCCCCAGUUAAUUCCCCAGACUCUCCUCGCAGCAGUCACAGCCUUUGAUGCAUAUCCUGGUUCUAGCAUUUUCGUGGGGUAUACCGAACCUCCCGUUCUUUGAUUCGGGAAAUAGAUUCCUGUGUCGUGA